AUGUCUUCCGCCCCGCCGCCCAGUCAUCCCCCUUCAGAUUCUGAGAAGAAACCGGACGACGCACCUAUCCCGACCUCGACGUCUGCAGAUGGAACAGUGGCGAUGGACGAGACCCCCGAUGCCCCACCUGAGGAGACUUGGGACGACAUUCCGGAGGAUAUCAUGGCGUUGAGCACGGAUGAAAUUAUCACAAGAACACGACUUAUUGACAAUGACAUCAAGGUGAUGAGGUCAGAGACCCUCCGACUGCAGCACGAGCAAAGCGUUAUGAAGGAGAAGAUUCGGGACAACGGAGAGAAAAUCAAGCAGAACAAAGUUCUACCUUAUCUAGUAGGCAAUGUCGUCGAGAUAUUGAAUGUCGAUCCAGAGGUCGAAGAGGAUGGCGCCAAUCAGGACCUUGAUUCCAUGCGUAAAGGGAAAUGCGCAGUCAUCAAGACCUCAACCCGCCAAACCGUAUUUCUUCCUCUCAUAGGACUUGUCCCUGCCGAAAAGCUUAGUCCAGGGGAUCUCAUUGGUGUCAACAAAGACUCGUACCUCGUUUUGGACACAUUACCCGCCGAAUUCGACUCUCGCGUCAAAGCUAUGGAGGUGGAUGAAAGACCAACAGAGAAGUACACGGAUAUCGGCGGUCUAGAGAAGCAGAUUGAGGAGCUAGUAGAGGCGAUCGUCCUUCCCAUGGAACAGGCUGGAAAAUUCAAGACCCUUGGUAUCAAGCCUCCGAAGGGGUGUUUGAUGUAUGGACCUCCUGGCACUGGCAAGACGCUUCUUGCGCGAGCAUGCGCUGCUUCAACGAAAGCGUGCUAUCUCAAGUUGGCUGGACCUUCAUUGGUGCAGAUGUUCAUUGGUGAUGGUGCCAAGCUUGUUCGAGAUGCGUUCGCUCUGGCGAAGGAGAAGGCACCAGCGAUCAUCUUCAUUGACGAACUUGAUGCCAUCGGCACAAAACGAUUUGACUCUGACAAGAGCGGUGAUCGUGAAGUCCAAAGAACGAUGCUUGAGCUUCUGAAUCAGCUAGAUGGUUUCGGCAGUGAUGAGCGAAUUAAGGUUAUUGCAGCAACCAAUCGUAUUGAUAUCCUAGAUCCAGCCCUGCUACGAUCCGGUCGUUUGGAUCGCAAGAUUGAAUUCCCUUUGCCCAACGAAACCGCUCGUGCGCGGAUUUUGCAGAUUCACUCCCGGAAAAUGUCGGUAGCAGGCGACGUCAACUACGAAGAGCUAGCCAGAAGUACUGACGAGUUUAACGGGGCACAACUGAAAGCUGUCUGUGUAGAAGCCGGCAUGAUUGCCCUCCGAGAAGGAGCUACCAAACUGUCUCAUGAGCACUUCUUGAGCGGUAUAUCAGAAGUGCAAAGCAAGAAGAAGAAUAACCUCAUGUAUUUUGCUUAG